AUGGGAACGCUUUUACGGUUGCAAGAUCGCCACAGGCUUUUGAGGCUUGCCCUCUCUGUCUGCUGUUUACUUUCAUUUACCGGGUUUCUCAUACAAACUCUCCUUUCCUUUCCCAGGGAGUGGGAAGUUACACGGCCAGAACACGUGCCUCCGCCAGAUGCGCUUGUGAAACCGAAUGUCACCGUGAGCGGGCUGGUCUUUUAUGGCCGUAAGAGCAGAGUGGAAAGUAUGAGGUGUUACAUAGAACGAAACUUGGUAGACAACGGAGGUUGGCUUGACGAAGUCCUCUGGGUUGUCAAUACAAAGAAUCAGGAUGAUCUCUUUUAUCUAGACGAAAUAGUUGCCAGCAACCCGACACGACACAAACUGCUGAUACCCGAAGGACACCUGGCGACGUACACAUAUUGGAAGGCUUGGCAGCAUCUGGAGCGUGACAAGUACUACGUCAAGAUUGAUGAUGAUAUUCUCUGGAUUGAGGACGGUGCCAUCCCCAAGCUUGUCACCCACAAGAUCGAAAACCCAGACACAUUCGUCGUCUCUGGGAACAUCAUCAACAACCCUCCACUCGGCUUCAUGCACUACCGCAUGGGUGCCCUUCACCCAUAUCUGCCCGAACUCGAAAAGCCAGACCACGUCAUGAAUGCCAGCGAUUUCUGGAAGCCCUCGAAACACCCCUUUUGGAACGGUCCCAACGACACUGUCUGGAAUCCUAUGCGUCCCCCGCCCGAGCAUGAGAACGUCAGGUGGCUCAGAGUUGAAGAUGAGAAGAUGAUGUGGCAGACUCCGGUUCACCAGCUUACAUAUGCUGUCUGGGGUGACAGUUACAAGAGUUGGGCUAUCGCUUCCCAGAUGCACUAUUCACUGUUUGAGAAUAUCGAGAAGGAUACUCUGGAUCUUUACAAGUUCGAAAAGCCUUGGACGAUGCAUGGGGAUCGCAUACGGAUCAACUUUAUGUGUGUCUAUGCCAACGAUAUCCUCGACAACGGUGUUGGACACUGGCCCGGGAAUCGAGGCGACGAGGACAUGAUCGUUCUAGAUCUUCCAAAUACAUUGAGACGACCUGUUGUGAUAUUGGGGACUGCAUUGGCAUCCCAUUUUCAGUACAUGGAUCAACCAGAUCUGGCAAAGACGGAUAUUCUCUCACGAUAUCGAUCCCUUGCGCAGGAUAGAGCCUGUGAUAGGAUGACAUCCAAGACAUGA